AUGGAACCAAAGUACAACACUAGAAAGUGGUCGAACCGUGUCCGUGCCAAGGACGAAAAUCCAAGCUCUACCGAGCCGGCAGACCAGCAAGGCAGCUAUUCUAACGUGGACACCACCAAACAGUACGCUGCGCCCUCCCAGACCGCCAGUAGACACGUCCAACCCUCCCAACCCGAACAGGGCUAUAGUUCCAAAUACCAUUUUGGCCAUGACGAGCUGGAUCACCCGGACGAGAUGGUGAGACCUGAAGAGUAG